CUCUCGCAUUAAGUAUUUUGCGUUGCGGUCCCAGCACACACGGAUGGUUCGCUGCAUUUACUACUACGAUUGAAAACGCAUCACACAACACCAUCCCCCGGUCGUGUCGAGUUUUCCUUCGUUGCUUUUACCCCUUCGGUGCGGCGCACAGCAUUAGCUUUUCCUCGGUUCCGCAUUUUCCGUGUCGUUUGCGUGUGUGUGUGUGUAUCGGUGUGUCUAAGUGUUCCUUUUUUUCGUUCCAUUGCUCAAAAAGUGCAAAGUAAAACAUGGCUGCUGAACCGAUCCGCGUUGUCGUCACUGGUGCCGCCGGCCAGAUCGCCUACUCGUUGCUGUACAUGGUGGCGAAGGGCGACGUGUUCGGGCCGAACCAGCCGCUCAUCCUGCACCUGCUCGACAUUCCGCCGAUGAUGGGCGUGCUGGAGGGAGUCGUGAUGGAGCUGGACGACUGUGCCCUGCCGCUGCUGGUGCGCGUCGUGCCGACGGCCGAUCCGGCGGUCGCUUUUAAGGAUGUGGAUGCCGCCUUCCUGGUCGGUGCGAUGCCGCGCAAGCAGGGCAUGGAGCGCAAGGAUCUGCUGUCCGCCAACGUGAAGAUCUUCAAGGUUCAGGGCGAAGCGCUCGACAAGUACGCCAAGAAGGACGUGAAAGUGCUGGUGGUGGGCAAUCCGGCCAACACGAACGCGCUCGUCUGCUCGCACUACGCGCCCUCGAUCCCGAAGGCGAACUUUACCGCGAUGACGCGGCUCGACCAGAACCGUGCCCAGGCCCAGAUUGCGGGCCGGCUCGGCGUCGGCAUCACCAAGGUGAAGAACGUCAUCAUCUGGGGCAACCAUUCGGCGACGCAGGUGCCGGACGCCCGGAACGCCUCGGUCGAGGUGGACGGCGCCACGAAAACUGUCCCCGAAGCCGUUGCGGACGAUGAGUUCUUGAAGCAACAGUUCCUCGAGACGGUACAGAAGCGCGGUGCCGCCGUCAUUGCGGCACGCAAAAUGUCCUCCGCCAUGUCGGCGGCCAAGGCGGCCAGCGACCACAUGCGCGACUGGUUUGCGGGUACGCGCGACGGCGAGUACGUGUCGAUGGGCGUCAUCUCCGACGGCAGCUACGGGGCGCCGAAGGACAUCGUGUUUUCGUUCCCGGUGCAGAUCCAGAACCGCCAGUGGAAGAUCGUGCAGGGCCUGUCGGUGGACGAGUUUACGCGCAGCAAGCUGGACGUUACCGCGAAGGAGCUGCUGGAGGAGAAGGAGGAAGCGAUGGCGGUGUGUGCCGCGGAUUGACUAGUUAAGCUGUAAGGCAGAAUUUUGUAGGAAUUCGAUCCAACAGUAAGAAGCGAACAACAACACGUGCGCGAAGAUCAAUUACCCAACCAGUUACGUUAUUUUUGUUUUGCGUUUUGCCAGCUAAAUAUCAUUGCGGCAAAUAAGAAAGAGAAAGAGAGUAGGAGAGUUAAGUAAAAAAAGAACGCCACCACACUGUGCUUUAUAGAGAAGAAGUGAAGGAGAAAAUGCAUUGUACUGUGUUGUGUGUUUUUGAUUUCCAUUGGUUUUCUUCGAUUCUUCAAAAUUUUGUUUUACAGUUUUGUUUUUAUAUAAAGCGGGAAAGGACAGGCGGCGAGCGCGCGAGCGCGUGUGUGUGUGGGUGUGGGAAGUGUAUUCGUCCACCCUGCUCCCUCUUUUCCCUCAUCCGGAACCCGUACACCUGAUAGAGAGUUGCUUCCAUCAACAAUAUAUACGGUUGGCCUAUUAGUAUGAACGUGCAUCUACGGCAGAUGUUGUUUUUUGUAGAGAAAUAGAUGAACAGAAGAAGAAAAAACAAACGUUGAAACUCUAAACAUAUGCAAAAAAAAUCAAUUAGUGCAAGGUAGACCAAUUGUUAACUCUGUAGAGGCGUGUGUAGGACACCACAAAGCUAAAGGGGGAUAAUUCUCGAACAAAGAAUUAAUUCAAUAAACGAUAAAGGAAUAUA